UGUACAUACGUUCUUUCGGUUUUCAAAUUAAAAUAUUUCAAACAAAUAUUUCUCCCUAAUUCUCAUUGCUUUGCAUGAAAUUUCCACAAUGUUCGAAGACACACUUCUCAUUAUAAAAACGGAUUAUCUGCACAAGCGUCAGCCAGUAUUGAUGCAUUUAUUACAAAAUGGAUUUAUGAUUAAAGGUCAACGCAAAAUACUUUUUUCCCCCGAGAAUGCAGCAGAGUUCUACAAACCUCUGGCGGAAGACAAAGAUUUCAUGUUACAAGUAAUUUUGCUGUCGAAGGGCAACAGCGAGGCCUUCAUACUGACCAAGGAGAAUGCGGUAGAAGAUUUGAUCUGUAAUAUGGUUUGCUAUUUCACUACGUCUGCUGAAAUGGAGCGCAAUGUGCACGUUUCGAAGAGCGCAGAGAGCGCAGGGCGCGAGAUAAGUUUCAUAUUUGUAAAUUAUAUUCCGGAGCCCACACCAUUUUUCAAGCGCCACAAAUUCACUUCAGAUCCCCUUAUUGCGCCGCUCAUUAGUCAACUUUAUGAGAUUGUGCAAAAGUCGAAUGAUGAAACUAAAAGCUGGAAAGUACAAUUGGCCGAGUGGUUGACUCUGGCAAAUCCAGAGUUGCCAAUUAUAAGCAAUGCCUGUGCCACUCAUGCUAAGGCUUUUCUCGAGGACAAGGCUCAGCAGGUUAAUCUUUUGGAUUCAGGAGAAAAAAAGCCACGUGUUUUUCAUAUUGACGGCGUUGGUGGUGAACCGACUUCUGCAGAUGUCACAUUUGCCUCUUCAAGCUCAUCUUCUGGCGGCUCAAUAGUUAUGAGUACUUCAUCGUGCAUGACUUGUCGGCCAUUCGAGCGCACUGAUGCCGAUGUGAGCACUGAGGAUGAAUGCAAGAAGGCCGCGAAGUUAUUCGCACCAAAGACAGCACCGUUGCAAAGUAAAGCGCAGGAGGAGGAGGAAGAGGAAUGUGAAGAUGAAAUGGUCAUGAAAGUGUGUGAGGAUCAUAUAGAACAGUGGAAGGCAGAGCUACGUGUCGAUAAAGAGGAAAUGAAAAAGGUGUUACCUUAUGGCGGUAAGGAUCUAGAGAUCAUCAACGAAAUGGACAUCGAGGAGGAACACUUUCUGACGGAGGAAUGAGACCUGGUAAUCAGAGAAUGUUUGCUGAUACGCUUUUGGAAUUCACCUUAGAACCAAUUUCUGGGCUGUGUAUAUUUUGGAGUUUGAGUUUUUUUCAUGCGAAAUAUAUGGUAUUGUAAA